GUGAGUGGAGUUUAAUGGGCUUUGCCAGGCAAACACUUCUGGAAAUUAGGCAAAGUAGUGGGGACAUAGGCAGACCAGUCACUUGAUAAAUCUGAGUGUAGGUGCUUGAAUGGAAACUCCAAGAUCCAAACAGAUAUUUGGGGGCCAGUCCCCCAAGCCUGACUGCAGCCUAAAUAGAUCUUACUAACUGUAUCCAUGCUGUGCAGAUUUAGAUUGUACAGAUUUAGAAAAGGUCCACAUUGUCAGCACUUAUACACUACGAGGUUGGAAACAGACAGAUCAUUUUUAGGGUGAAGCUAAGAUAUAAUAGGAACCUCAUAGGAGGUUCUUUAUCCUUGAGGUGAGCUUAGGUUCCUCCUCAUUUUUCAGUUUGCAUAAGAGACAUAUAUGUAUUCUAUCAAGCCAAAUUGCUUGAAUGGAAACUCCAAGAUCCAAACAGAUAUUUGGGGGCCAGUCCCCCAAGCCUGACUGCAGCCUAAAUAGAUCUUACUAACUGUAUCCAUGCUGUGCAGAUUUAGAUUGUACAGAUUUAGAAAAGGUCCACAUUGUCAGCACUUAUACACUACGAGGUUGGAAACAGACAGAUCAUUUUUAGGGUGAAGCUAAGAUAUAAUAGGAACCUCAUAGGAGGUUCUUUAUCCUUGAGGUGAGCUUAGGUUCCUCCUCAUUUUUCAGUUUGCAUAAGAGACAUAUAUGUAUUCUAUCAAGCCAAAUGGUGUAUCCUGACCCUCUUGUCAUGCUUUAGUCAGAUCGUCCACUUUUUAAAUAAAAAAGUACCAUAAGCACAUGUAUGUGUUUGGCUUGCUUGAAAAAAACCACAGUUUUGUUUUGUUUUUAAUUGCAAAACUUCCCUGAGGGGUAGAGGGAGAAGCCUUGGUGAAAUUAUGCCAAUCAGUACUGUCCACCACUGACUCUGGCAGGGUGGUUUGAGACAGUUAUUGCUUCCUCUGUUGUGCACAUACAGUGGUACCUCGGUUUAAGUACACAAUUGGUUCCGGAAGUCUGUACUUAAGCUGAAGCGUACUUAACCUGAAGCGAACUUUCCGACUGAAAGUAAUGGAAAGUGGAUUAAUCCGUUCCAGACGGUCCACAGAGUACUUAAACUGAAGCGUACUUAACCUGAAGCGAACUUUCCAAUUGAAAGUAAUGGAAAGUGGAUUAAUCCGUUCCAGAUGGGUCCACGGAGUACUCAACCUGAAGCGUACUUAACCCGAAGUAUGAGUUUAAUUGGUUCUGAAAGUCCGUACUUAACCUGAAGCAUACUUAACCUGAAGCGAACUUUCCCAUUGAAAGUAAUGGAAAGUGGAUUAAUCCGUUCCAGACGGGUCCACAGAGUACUUAAACUGAAAGUACUCAAACCGAGGCGUACUUAAACCGAGGUAUGACUGUAUUUCUUUUGUCCACCUGUGCCACUAGUCAGGCAGGUUUUGCAGGUCUUCAAAACAAUACAAAAGUGCAAAACCUUUCAUAUAGCUGUCAGAGGGGGAAACUGUUGGCUGCUGUCUAGCCCAGUGCAAACUAGUUUGGGAUCAGAUUCUUAAACAGUUUUAAUCAUCAUGACUUCUCUCACAACGACUUUGUGAAAUGUCAUCAUUUUAUAAGGUUCCUGAGAAUGCCUUGUUAGAAGCUCCCCAUCAUUUUGGAGAGCUGCAUUUCUGAAGAUUUCUUGGUUGGAAGCCAUGAAGUUUGAAAAGGCUUGAAAUUGGUUUAAAUACAGAGGUGUAGAUAGAGAUGCCCAUAGACAUCGCUGGGCCCAGCUAGGGGGAAACAGCAAGUCAUUAGUGCUGCAAAACCAUACUGAGGCAUAGUGUAGUUUGGCACUGAUUAGGCUACGGCAGGAAAUCUGUGUUCCAUUUUGGGUGCUACUUUGAAAGGAAGAUGAGAAAAAACGAGAAGCUGUUCAGCAACCAAGGAGAAUAAUAAAGAGUGGAAGAUAUAAGGAAGUGCGAAGGAGUUGCAUAUAGGAGCCGCAAGAAGAAAAGAUUAAAUGGAACAUUCUUAAUAGUCUUCAAAUAUUUAAAUUCAAGAUGUCAAAUAGCAGUUGCUACUGCCAGUGUGGGUAGGCAAAAAAUGAAUGGUUUUAAGGAGGGCAGUAGAGCAGCUAAGCGUUGGAAUAAAUUUCAAAAGGAAGACAUAGUCUCUUUCCUUGGGAGUGUUACAAAGUGGCUACAUAAACAUAUAUGGGCAACAAUUUGACACUCAAUGAAUACUAGACUAUUUAAAGAGUUUUUGUCUUUGUUUAUAUGAUAAACAUUUAUUCAAACUUCAGUAUUUUUUCCUCUGCCCACCUUCAGUGUUGGCAUAAUUGGAGGCCCUAACUGUCCCUGCCCAUGUUGCUGUGGCCCUGUUUCCUUGACUACAUUCAUCAUCUUUUGUGGAUGUGGUCCCUCUCUUCCCUUGGUUUCCUCCCCACUCUUUCUCCUCCAUCUCCUCUGCUGACUACGCUUCCAACUAGGGAGCCACGGUGGCGUAUGGCCUGCUGGGAAGUGGCUCUCACAGAGCAGCCUCUGGGCCCAGCUAGCUUGAAAAUUCUCUUGCUGACAGGGCCAGCAAACUGUCUGGGGUUUUGUCACUGAUUCUGCAACUCACAUAAGACAAGAUGCAUAUGUGGACCUCAGUUUUCCCCCAAUUAUAAAUGAAGAGAGCCUCUUGUGGACACCCAGCCUACAGGAGACUGGUCUGUUUGUUCAUUUGUAUGAAUUUGUGUGCUUUAUAUGCAGCUAAUUCCAGAUAUAGAGAGUUGUUCAUUCAUUUGGGGGAAGAAUGCUUAAAAAUGCAGUAGAAUGAUUUUCCCCCUUUUCUUUUUGCUUCGAUUAAAUUUGUGCAUAACUUGUUUCACCCAUCUCCUAGGUUUGCAUGGUGGGUCAGGCCCCAUUCUUUAACUGGGACAUCCAGUUAAAGAAGGUUAGGAUUCUAAAACCUAUUUUCUCUUAGAUGAUUUAAGAGACCACAAACCUAGCCAAACAUCAACUGAAGUGCAGUGGAUUCCUUUCUUUUUAAACAGGCCUUUCUUUUAUUUUCCACUUGUUUCCUAAGCCCUCAUGUUAUACAGGCCUGACAUGGACAAUCUGUUUUCAAAUUAGUCCAGAAAACAGCCUGUUCUGACAUCCAUGACCCUGCUUGAUUCAGUAUCUCAAUAAAUCAUAGUCUUAUAAAGAUUCAUUUUCAUACAUACCCCCUAAAGCAAUCCAGAGCCAUUAUCUCCUUUACAUACAUGGAAAGCUCAAUUCCACAUAUGCUCAUAAAUGAUGGUUAUAUGGUGACACUCUGGUAAAUCAUGAAAUGAAGUUCUGGUCUUCUGAGCCACAAAACGGCUUGUCUAUUUAAUUUUUCAUUCCUUUACUCAGUCCAAAUUAUGUACACGUCAGCACAAAUCUGAUAUCACUUGUAUGUUUAUUCUGACUCCUGGCAUCAACCCCUUUUCUAACUUUCCAGGGCCUCACUGACUCGGACAAGAAAAAUAUUCUAUCUGGAUUCAUUUUAAUGUUAAGAGGUCACCAAAGUCACAAAGUCCUUCAGAAACUGAAUACUCAAAUCACGAAUUUAUUUAAAACAUUUUAAGUAUUUUAAAUAAUACAUUUUAUUUCUUAGCUGCUAGGUAUCAUUUAAUGGUAACCCUGAGUGCGAGAAAUCCUCUGCUUCCCUGCAAAUGAAAGAUGAGGUUAACCCUUCAUAAUGAAUACACACAACACCCUCAAAAGAGGAUUAGGAGGCAGAGUUUGAGGAUACCAUGAGAGUCAAAUGGUCUAUCCUCUUUAUAUCUCUUUUCCAGUCAUCUGGGGCCAUGCAGUGUUCCCUGAAGUUUCCAAUAUAAAACACCAUAUAUAAAAUCCUGAGUUUUCUUCAAUGUUCUAAGAGGGACUCAUCGAUGAACCAUAACAGGAAGUUAUCAAUAGCAAAAUAAUAGUGAGGAUGUUGAUUAUUUUGCUUACCUCUGAUGAUUGGUUGGUGGAUUGUAUGCACACAGUAAAAUUUGUAUUAAUGUACAAGGAAUUUAUUGGAAUGCUCUUUUGUGCACUGGGCAAUCAUUCCAUUUCCUCCUUGGGGUGUGCCAAUUUUUCUGAUCUUAUUAAAGUUUGCUUUUUUCAUGAAUUCUGAGGAAAUUUUCAACUAGGAUUCUAUGAUUCUCUUCUAAAUCAGCCUCCAACAAUCCUGCCCACUUGUACUACUAUUGUUAACACUUCACCUUCCCAAAUCAGCAGGAGCUCCACUAUAAUCUUCUUACAUAAGAGCAUAAGCAGAGACCUGAAGGAAUAUAGGGAGGAAUUCAGCACUGUGCUUUUCUGACCAUUCAUCAGUGCAAGCGCUUAUGUGGUGCCCUGAGGGUUCUCCUGCCCCCCCCCCCCCGAGCAGAUUGGGGGAAAGCAUGGAGGGGUUAUUUAUACAUACAAUCAAUCAAUCAAUCAAAAGUUUAUUGCAUUAGCCAUAUAGCCAUAGCACAUAUAAAAGAUCAAACAAGCAACUGUCGCACAACAACAUAGAAUACAACAAAUACAACUACAACAUUAAAUAUAAAAUCCAGCUGAGUGCGGCUGGUAAGGUAAAAGACAAAGCAAGGCGUGUUGACUGUGAGUAUAACAGGAAUUUACAUAGGACUAGGGUUGGGCAAGUUAGCCGAAAAGGUGGCCCUGAGUUUCAGGGGCUGUAAAAUGUAGAUGACCACAUCGUGUGAAACCAAGGGGUUGGCGUCCACCAAUAAGUACUUCAUGCGGUCGAUGUCCCAUGCGAUGGUCGUCAGGAUUAAAGAGAGAAGCCUGGAUCUUACUGAGGCAUAUAAAGGACAGUAAAAGAAAAAGUGUAUAUAGUCCUCAAUCUUUCUCUCAUUGCAUGGGCAGAGUCGAAGGUUCAAUGGUGUGUUGGAAAAAACGCCAUGUAAGAAUGCUGUGGGGAUGACGUGGAAUCGAGCUAGUGUGAAGGUCCUUCUUAGCGUGGGGUUUGUCAAUUUGCUCAGAUAGUGGGCCAGAGAUCUAACUGCCUUCACGUGGGGAAGCCACGUGGAGAGUUUGGCUGCUUUAGAUUGUGCUAGAUCGAAAGCUUCACCCCUAGCUAGGAUCCAACUGCGGAUUUUAUCGUUAUCCCAUGAGGUCAGGGCAGCAAAGUCUGGAAGGGAGUAGCGGUCACAGAUGAAUUCCAUGACCUUAGACCAGGUACUGCUGCCGGUAAGGGCUGUAAAAGCUUGUUUAACUAGUCGGGAGUUUUGAAUUUCUGCAAGGGAUUUGUAAUAGAUAAUUAAUCUGGUAUGGGCUUUAGCUACUAUAGAUGGUAAUCCCAAUUCUAGUCUCAAUUGGGCGGCCAUGGACCCAUUAGGGAGGCCUAAGAUCUUUCUUGCUAGGAGAUUUUGCAGAGACUCCAGAUGCUGAAAUACAUUCAUGUUCCAGCCCCAUAUUUCCACCACGUAUAGCAGCAUUGGGGGUACUUUGCUGAUGUAGAUCUUUCUGGUCGGCGCCACCCGUUGUCCACCAUUUCCGAAGAAAAAUUUAACCAAAGCACCGAUGGUCAUGUUUAAAUGGGCUGUCCAAGAUAAUCUAUAGUGAAAAGUGAUGCCCAAGUAUUUAAAAACUGAGCAUUGGUCAAUGGUGUGACCCUCGAGGUACCAUGAUGGGUUUGGUUUUGUCUUGCCAAAAGGGAUUAUUUUGGUAUUGGAAAAAUUGAUUGUUAGGAAGUUUUCUUCGCAAAAUUUCAUGAGUGAUUUAUACAUACAUGCAUGCAUGCAUGCAUACCCUGCCAAUCUGGCUGGGUUUCCCCAGCCACUGGAUGGCUUUCAACAAAAUAUUAAAAAUACAAUAAAACAUCAAACAGGAGAGGAGGGAAGCCUUAUUGCACUAGCAGAAACCCUUAUGCUGCUUUCUGCUAGUAUGCCAGGUUAGUUAAGUCCAGGCCAGACCAAUGUUCCAUUUAGUCUACCAUCCUAAAGCAUUUUCUACUUAGGCCAGAUGCUACCAGAAUGCCCAUAAGAAGGGCUUGAAGGCAACAGCUCUUUGCCUAGCAACUUGUACUUGGUGGCUCACCACCAUUGAACCUGGAGAUUUAUUUUAGUUAUGAUGGCCAAUAGCCAUUUCUUUAUCCUCUAUGAAUUUCUGUAAUCUUCUUCUAAAGUCAUAUUUACAUCUGACAUACUUUUAUACCCCUUCUCAGGCUAGCUUACUGGAGGAAACCCAUGUUACCCAUUCUACACACCAAUGCACAGCUGUUCCAUACAACCUGGAUUGCAGAGACAUAGAUCACUGUGGUUAGUGUGAUUGUUGUGCCUGCAGCUGCACAGGUUUGGGAACGCUAUGCUUUCACAUCCUUAAUUUUGCUUCUUACUUUGUAUUGUAACAAUUGCUGCAGAGAGUGGAGACAUGUUGUUUCUAACAUCUCCUUUUUUGUGCCUCUGCCAAAUUUUGUUCCUACAGUAUUACCAUGACACAAUGUGGAGGACACAAUUCAAAGUUACUGGGAUCAGCAGAGCUGCUGUUUAAAUUAUCAAUCAGUCCAUCCCUCAGUCUCUACCACUUUUGGUCAGUUCUAGUAGCUCUGUCUAGUCCCACCAAAGCUUGAUUUUUGCUCAUAGAAAGCAUCCUGAUCCUUCCAAUCACAUAUAUGACAUGAUAAUAAUAAUAAUUUAUUAUUUAUACCCCGCCCAUCGGUAGGCAGUGUUGCAGAGCUGUAUAUGUCGUUUUUUGUGCUUCACCACGGUCCCUAGUCAAAUCAGCUUUGCAGAUUUUUAUAGCUCUUUAAAAUGUACCAUAAAAUAAUAAAGAUAACCAUAACAACACCCACAACAAUAAUUAAUAAUAAAGGGGGGGAACUAAUCUAGCCCUUUAAAAAAGAAUAAAAGGACAAUUUACCUUAGGGGUAAAAUUGACUAGACCAAAAACUUUGCAACAUGUUCUAGUUGAUUUCACUAUUUGGGAUUUGAAUGGGAUGUAGGGGAAAUUGCUGUAAGAAUUAGGAAAAUUGACUCCCACUCCGCUUGUCUUCAUGGUAUUUGUAUAGUUGUAAAGAUACAGGUGUUGGAACAGGACUAGUGUCAUAGAAAAGGAAAAGACACUCAUUUUGUUCCAAAUAAAUAAUUGUACACACUCAGAGAGAGCAAAGCAAAGGACUACUUCCAGUGUCUUACGUAGUGGCAUAUUUUAUUUUUGAAGAAGACGAUGUGAUUUGAAAAGCUAUCUUAUUGAGGACAUAAUCUGCAUGUAAAAGCAGCUGGGUCAGAGUUCAUUAUUUGUUCUGGAUUCAUAAAGUUCUAGGUCAGGCAUCCCCAAACUUCGGCCCUCCAGGUGUUUUGGCCUACAACUCCCAUGAUCCCUAGCUAACAGGACCAGUGGUCGGGGAAGAUGGGAAUUUUAUGAAUAUGUCCUUGAAGUCCCUGGUUUUUAGGCCUCACAUUGACUCCCCCCCCCUUAGUGGCCCUGUAGAGCUGCUGCUAGUCAGUGUUGGACUGGCUCUGUUUAAGGCAGAACCUUAUACAUCAGCUUUAACAUCAACAGCGGAAGGGUAAAAGAAGGGUAAAAGAAGGGUAACAUCAACAGCGGAAGGGUAAAACUAGGGUAAAAGAAGGUAGUGAGAUAAGGACGUGUAUUUAUGAAUAUAGUAAUUAUGAGUUGGAGCAAAGGAAUAGAAGCACGGGAGGAUUUACAGAUAGAUAAAUGGGCUGAUUGAUGUGGCAAUGAGCUGGAUAGGCAAUGCACUUAUGGUCAUGAUAGGUCAGCCUUGCUUAGGGGAAAAAUGGUAUUCUUGGAUAUUUUUCUUUUCAAACUCUUGCUCUUUUCCUUUCUCCCUUUUCUGCUUGCUCUCCUUGACCCUACCUUUCCCCCAACCCCACCUUCCUCCCCGCCAAAAUGCUUUGAGCCAGCAACCAACCCCCUUUUGUGUUUUGUUCCUUUGUCGUCCUUUCUGGUGGUUUUGAUUUCUGACUUUUCUUCUGAAGGGCAAUGUCGCCAGCACAAAAUUAAAAACAACAACAAAAAACCCUCCAAAAACUGUAAACCUCAAACUGAUCAGACGAAAAAGAAAUGAAAAAGUACAACUACCACCACCAAACCCAACACGCUCUCUGCCUUGAAAUGAUUCCAAAGCGGGAGGGGCUGGUGUUUGUUGGGCUGGUGGGGGGAGGGGAGGGGAGAUUUACAGUUUAAGAAAGAAAGAAAAAUGGUUUCUUUAGGGUGCGGGGAGAAACAAAAGCAAUUUAAUCUCUUUUCUCUUUUUUUCCUUCUUGCACCUUUUUUUUUCAAUAUAUUUUUCUUCUCUCCCUUCCGAUGCAUAAAGUAGAAGUGGAACAGAAAGUAUUCGUUUGCCCGGGGACACUGCACAAGAUCCUGGAACCUACGUCAGCCCAUGAAUCAGAACACCAGUCUGGAGCCUGGUGCAAGGACCCCCUGCAAGCCGGAGACAGAAUAUACGUCAUGCCAUGGAUCCCAUACCGGACAGACACACUGACAGAGUAUGCCUCGUGGGAGGAUUAUGUGGGUGCCCGGCACACCACCACUUACCGCCUGCCCAACAGGGUUGAUGGCACAGGUUUUGUGGUAUACGAUGGAGCAGUCUUCUACAACAAGGAGCGGACACGCAACAUUAUCAAGUAUGAUCUGCGGACGCGCAUUAAGAGUGGAGAGACAGUCAUCAACACAGCCAACUACCAUGACACCUCACCCUACCGUUGGGGCGGCAAGACUGACAUUGACCUGGCAGUGGAUGAAAAUGGGCUAUGGGUCAUCUAUGCCACUGAAGGCAACAAUGGUCGUUUAGUGGUGAGCCAACUGAAUCCUUACACGCUACGCUUUGAGGGCACGUGGGAGACCGGCUAUGACAAACGCUCAGCAUCCAAUGCCUUCAUGGUAUGUGGAGUCCUCUAUGUGGUGCGGACAGUUUACGUGGACGAUGACAGUGAAGCAGCUGGUAACCGUGUUGACUAUGCGUUCAACACCAAUAUGAACCGGGAGGAACCCAUCUCGUUGACCUUCCCAAACCCCUACCAGUUCAUCUCCUCCAUUGACUACAACCCCCGUGACAACCAGCUUUAUGUGUGGAACAACUACUUUGUCUUGCGCUACUCACUUGAGUUUGGCCCACCUGACCCAAGUACUGGCCCUGUCACCUCGACACCACUCAGCACUACAACCACCGUUCGUCCCACCACCAUCACCAGCACAGUCUCACCUGCUGCUACAACAACAACACGGCAGGUGCCCCUCACCACCCACCCCAUAGGUGCCAUAAACCAGAAGGGUACAGAGCUUCACCCAGUCACCGCCAUAAUGCCCAGCACCCGGCGUCCACCAGCAAAUAAUCAGCACGUCUCUCCAGAGCUCUUCUGUGAGGCCAAGGAGGUGCGGCGUGUCCAGUGGCCAGCCACACAGCAAGGCAUGCUGGUCGAAAGGCCUUGCCCUAAGGGCACACGAGGUAUUGCUUCCUUCCAGUGUCUUGCUUCGGAGGGAAACUGGAACCCACGGGGGCCUGAUCUCAGCAACUGCACAAGUCCUUGGGUCAACCAAGUGGCACAGAAGAUCAAGAGUGGAGAGAAUGCAGCCAAUAUUGCCAGUGAACUAGCCCGGCAUACGCGUGGUGCCAUCUACGCCGGAGAUGUCAGCUCCUCUGUCAAACUAAUGGAGCAGCUCCUCGACAUUCUGGAUGCACAACUUCAAGCGUUACGCCCUAUUGAGAGAGAGUCAGCUGGCAAGAACUACAACAAGAUGCACAAGAGAGAAAGGACAUGUAAGGACUAUAUUAAGGCUGUGGUGGAGACGGUGGACAACCUGCUGCGACCUGAAGCUCUAGAGUCAUGGAAGGACAUGAAUGCCACAGAGCAGGUGCACACAGCCACAAUGCUCCUUGACAUCCUGGAGGAGGGAGCCUUCCUACUGGCUGACAAUGUCAAAGAGCCAGCCCGUUUUGUCACUGCCAAGAAUAAUGUGGUGCUGGAGGUGUCAGUGUUGAAUACAGAAGGCCAAGUGCCAGAUAUUGUUUUCCCACAUGAGUAUACCACCAGGAAUUCCAUCCAACUGUCAGCCAACACUAUCAAGCAAAACAGUCGUAAUGGAGUGGUCAAGGUUGUCUUCAUUCUCUACAACAAUUUGGGGUUUUUCCUCUCUACCGAGAAUGCCACCAUCAAGCUGGGUAGUGAGGUUGGUUCAAUUAGCCCCUCACUUGUUGUCAACUCACAAGUUAUUGCUGCCUCCAUCAACAAGGAAUCUAGCCGCGUCUUCUUGAUGGACCCCGUCAUCUUUACCCUCUCCCACCUGGAGGACAAGAACCACUUCAAUGCCAAUUGCUCUUUCUGGAACUACUCAGAGCGCUCCAUGAUGGGUUACUGGUCCACGCAGGGCUGUCGGCUGGUGGAGACCAACAAGACCCACACCACCUGUGCAUGCAGCCAUCUCACCAACUUUGCUGUGCUCAUGGCACACCGUGAAAUUUACCAGGGCCGCAUCAAUGAGCUGCUGUUGUCUGUCAUCACGUGGGUGGGCAUUGUGAUUUCCCUGGUCUGCUUGGCCAUUUGCAUCUCCACUUUCUGCUUCCUGCGUGGGCUGCAGACUGACCGCAACACCAUCCACAAGAACCUCUGCAUAAAUCUCUUCAUCACUGAACUCCUCUUUCUCAUCGGCAUUGAUAAGACACAGUAUGAGAUUGCCUGCCCCAUCUUUGCAGGGCUGCUGCACUACUUCUUCCUGGCAGCAUUCUCCUGGAUGUGCCUGGAAGCCAUCCACCUUUACCUCAUGCUGGUUGAGGUUUUUGAGAGUGAAUACUCCCGCAAGAAGUACUACUACUUGGGGGGCUAUUGCUUCCCUGCCCUGGUAGUGGGUAUUGCUGCUGCCAUUGACUACCGCAGUUAUGGCACCGAGAAAGCAUGUUGGCUUCGAGUUGAUAACUACUUCAUCUGGAGCUUCAUUGGGCCCGUCUCUUUUGUCAUUGUGAUCAACCUAGUGUUCCUCAUGAUCACUCUGCACAAGAUGAUCCGCAACACGUCGGUCCUCAAGCCUGACUCCAGCCGACUGGACAACAUCAAGUCUUGGGCACUCGGGGCAAUCACUCUCCUUUUUCUCCUGGGCCUCACCUGGGCAUUUGGUCUCCUCUUCAUCAACAAGGAGUCUGUUGUCAUGGCCUAUCUCUUCACCACCUUCAAUGCUUUCCAGGGCAUGUUCAUCUUUGUGUUUCAUUGUGCACUGCAGAAAAAGGUUCACCGGGAAUUCAGCAAAUGCCUGCGACAUGCAUCCUGUUGCCUACGGAGCCCGCCAGGGGCCACACUGGGCUCCCUCAAGACCUCAGCCAUCCGCAGCAACAACCGUUACUACACUGGGACGCAGAGCCGAAUCCGGAGAAUGUGGAAUGAUACUGUAAGGAAGCAAACUGAGUCCAGCUUUAUGGCGGGUGAUCUCAACAGCACUCCCACCCUUAAUCGAGGCACAAUGGGGAACCACCUGCUGACCAACCCCGUGCUGCAGACACGGGGCGGGACCAGUCCUUACAACACACUCAUUGCUGAGUCUGUGGGCUUCAACCCUGCCUCACCACCUGUCUUCAACUCCCCAGGGAGCUUCCGAGAGUCCAAGCACCCCCUGAACAACAGCCGAGACGCCUGUGGCAUGGACACCCUCCCGCUCAAUGGCAACUUCAAUAACAGCUACUCCCUCCGCAGUGGCGACUUCCCGACCGAUGGCACCAAGAUGGCCGACUGCCGACGCAACCUGAGUGAUGCCGCCGCCUUUGAAAAAAUGAUCAUCUCCGAGUUGGUGCAUAACAACUUGAGAGGGGGAGGCAGUGGUGUGGUCAAGGGGGGAGGGGGUUCUGCCGAGACCUCCAACCCCCCUGGGCCCCCUCCCCCUCCCAACAUAGUUGCAGGGGGAGGGGGUACCAACAAUGAGGAUGACGCCAUUGUGCCUGACGCCCCUUCCUUGACCCAUGAGGAGAACAUGGAAAUUGAACUCAUGUAUAAGGCCUUAGAGGAGCCGCUCUUGCUUCAGAGGGCACAAUCCAUCCUCUACCAGAGUGACCUGGAGGAGUCGGAGAGCUGCACAGCUGACCUGACAGAGGGGGGCGAUGGCCAAGCCCCUUCCCCCAACAGGGACUCUUUAUACACCAGUAUGACCAACCUGAGGGACUCCCCAUACCCGGACAGCAGCCCUGAGGCAGUUGGGGAAGUGAUUCCUCAUGCCCAAGCCAUCAAUGAAAUCUACUAUACCAAUCGGCCAGCCUUGGUGCCGCGCAACCAGCUCCAGGCCUACUACCAAGUCCGGAGACCCAGCAAUGAUGGCUACUUGGUCCCAGGAAGCUUAGAAAACCCAGCAGUGGAGGGAGAUGGCCAAAUGCAGCUGGUGACCAGUCUCUGAGGGGCUGAGAAGGGACUGAGGGACCAUAACACCCCCCCAAAAAAAACCCCAAUACGGCACUGUUGCCGUGACCUGAACAUUUAAAUUUUUUCCUGGAAGAAAGGGUGGGGAAGAAGAGAAUGGCACAGGGCUGGGGAAUGAAUGGAGGAGGGAAGGUGGAAGAAAGAGCUGAGUGAGGCAGAGGGCUUCUCCGAGGAGAAGGGAGGGGCAGCCAUUUUGUCCAUCUUUCCUUCCAUCCAAUUAGAUUUCCAGACAGAAACUGGCAUGUGGCCUAUCUGGUUAUGUCCGUUUUUCUUCUCCAGGCAAAUAAAUGCAAUGGAGGAAAGAGAGCUGAAUCUAGGCAAAAGGAUCAGACUUAUUUUGACAAUACCUUCUAGAUAAUUGGGGGGGGGCAGAGGAUGAACCAAGAAAUUAGGGUGGGAAAGUUAAAAAGUUGACUUUUUUUAAUGUUACGAAAAUCAAAGCCAUGAGGGUUCCACAUUCAGAGACUGUGGCACCUGGGGAAAUGCCCUGCCCUGCGCCCUGGCUCAGAGCCUGCUCUCCACCCCUCGCCUUCCCAUAGCUUAAUUGGCCUGUUUUGCAGAAAAGUACGAGGGACAAAUAGGGCCAUGUGGCACUCUGCCUAGUCGGGGUUUAGAUUCAACUGUUGCCAAAAAAGAGAGAAAAAAGACAGAGAAAGGUAUGAGGGUGGGGGGAGAAGAAAGAGCUGUUCAGAUAACGCUAUGCUGAGAACCUGCCUUCCAGUAUUUGUUGACUGUCACAGUUUAUCAACAGGGUUUGCAUCAAGUUCUUCAGCUCUUUCAAAUUGGCAGGAAAGGUUUGCUUUUAUUCUUUCCUCUCUCUCUAUUUUUUUAAAAAUUAAAGCCCACAUAGGAAUGUUUGAAAAGCACCGUUGCUUCUGGGGAAGGAGGAAGUAGCACUGAGGUGUGGCUGUCUUUAGAUUUCUUUUCAUUUGUAUGGCCACACAUAGUGGCCUUUCCCCUCCUAGUUGCUUUAGGGCCACCGAGCCUGACAUAAAAUUGCACAAUAAGUAAGAGGUGCUGAGGGAUGGGGUGGGGUGACAGCGGAGGGAGCAUCUCUUCCCGUUCCACUCAGUUCCACCAGUCGCCCCCACGGCCUGCUAAGUUCCAGCUCCAAAUAUUUAGAAAGUGAUGCAAGACUGCUCUCACCUUCCUUCCGUUUCAUUCCUGCCCACGAAGACGCAAACGUCAGGAGUAUCCUGCAAUGCAAAUAUGGCUGCCGUCAGAACACAUUUGGGACUACAUGGGAGAAAGUAGGAGUGUUGAACUCUCCCCCGCCCCCCCAGACUGGAUGGAUUGUCCUUCAGAAAAAUGACAAACAGAACAAACAAAAACAGCAACAAAAACACUAACCCAGACUGCACUUUUUUUUCCACCCAAAGGAAAAAGAAAUAGCAAAUCUCCCUCUUCAAGCACAACUCCGACUUUUCUCACCAACUCUCAGCCUGGGAGAGUUGGGGAAGCAACCAGUCUCACCUAGAGACACCAUAUCUCUGGGGCGGGCGGCGGGCGGGUUGGGAAGCGGGGGAUGUGAUACCCAUUGAAAUGCUGUAAAUAUGAAAUCCUAAAAACAAAACAGAGAAUUGAUUUACUCACUUGAAAAAAAGGAAAAACAAACCAAGGGACUUUUCUGUCUGGGUUUUAAAUAUAUCUAUAUCUAUAUAAUAUAUAUAGAUAUAUGGUACUCAGCUCUGCUCUGGCCCCAUGUGUGGUAUGGGAGCAUGGAAGGAAAAAUGGGGGGAAAUCCCUUCUUUGACAAAGACAACUGGGGGAAACCCGCCGAGAGCAGAUUUUUACAAUCAAAAAAGAGGAAAAACAUUUUGGCACAAUUUUUAUGUAAUAUAUAACAUAUACUGCGUCAUUUCUGUGACCUUGAAGCAUUUCCCCUUUCCUGCCGGAUGAGGUACCUUUUUCAUACAUCUCCACAUGAAGUUGGUUAUUUUCUCAUUAACUGCCACUUUGGAAUUGUGGGUGGGGGAAAACACACUUUUACUGCAAGACCCAAAGAUGCUGUAAUGCUGUCGGUUACAGAAAAAUCCUUCGCUUUUAAGAAUUCUAAGGGGGGACAGAGUAGUUUCAUUUCAUCAUCAUUAUUUUUAAGCAGCCAAGUCUUAUCUAUGUAGAAACUUCCAGGCUAGAUGUCAUGUUAUAUCAAAAAGGGAAAUGGUGCGUGGUUUUGCCACUUGGAGCCUUGAAAUGUUUGUUCUCUUACUUUUAUUUCGUUUGCAUCUUUUGUCCUCUCCCAGUUAAUGGAAUUGCUAAGAGACUAGGUAAAAAGCAGAAGCCGAGGGUUUGGCAUUCUUACCUUCCUUGGAAUAGGCAGGGGGUUCCUUUCUCUGUGCCAUGCUAUGGCAGGAAAGAAGAGCCAUCAUCACUCCUUGUGGCCUGCUUACAUCUCUUAUCCCAGUGCCACAGCUAAGACCCAAGGUGCCAAUAUUAAAUUGCCCUGUACAGUGGCAGCACAAUCAAUCAAGUCCUCCUUUUCCAUCAGGAGACAGCACUAACCCUGAUGACAGUGAGCUUUCUUUUUUCAGUUUCUUGCUCCGUGUUCCCCUGUGUUAUCAUUGUGCUAGUCCUGUUCAUAUGGUUGCUUCCCCUAGCAGCUGCAUGUUUGCAGCAUCCAAGAAUGCCCCUUGAUCAUGUUUGGUAAAGAGAAGCUUGUUGUGUGCCCAUAUUGAUAUUUUCUGCAAAGAACCUAGUUAAAGGUUGGCCACAAAGAAAGAGAAGAAACCCAAUACAUCUGUAGCUCACAGAGCUUGAUCUGACAUCAUUUACUAUCUCGGGACAUGGCAUAUAAUAGGCACAGACUUUUUCACCUACUUUUUCACCCUCCACCCAACCUAAUGUAAUUAUACUUGAUUCAGAGAUAGGGACUAAUGGUUUUCAGAAGUAUUUUGUUUUAUAUCAGAGUCAUACUUUCAAAGGGCACAAGGAAUUGGGUUGUGGGGUUUUCCCUGCCCUUGUUACUGUUUCCACAGGUUUGGGUUGUAUUCUUCAUUAGGAUCUCAUUGCAUGAAAGUUGGAAGGGUAGUGUGAGAAUCCUGACAAAUCCCUGUUGGCUCAAACUCCUUCCUGUCGCUCUUUCGAUCUUGGUCCAGAACCAACUUGCUCACCCUCUUAGAUGGACACCUUACCCUUGUGAGGACAAGGCCCAACUCCCAUUUACCUGAUUCCAUCACCAAACCAUGGUUCUGAUCAAUCCUCUCCCCAAUACCAAAUGGCCUUAUUCACCCCACUUGCAUUUGCUGCAUUGGCCCAAGGAAGGCCCUGUGUUCAGGAACUGCCUUGGUAUGAUCACCAAGAGGUACCUCCAUUUGGAAACCUCAUGUGGAAAACAAAAACAAAAAAACCAAAGACAUAUCUGCCCUCAUCCAUCCUGUUGGAGCGAAGCUGUAGAGACCGAGUCUCUAGCAGCCCAACCUCAAGGCUUUGCGCUUUCCAGCUUCAUGUUAGCUAUGAGUAGUCCACACUGUACUUGAGAUUUGGACUUUAAUUGAAAUGAAAAGAUUGACACGAUUAUGAAGUACUGUAGUAUCAGUGUUACGGCAUGUUCUGUCCUGGCACAAGAGGAAGGGGGCGCUAACACUAUUGAAGUAACCACUGUAAGAAUAGUCUUGGAAACCAGCCACUGGAAUCAGCCCAGAUGCUCCCAGGUGCUGGGUAGUGGCAGCCAGAAUCCAUAUGCGUUGAAGGCGUGUUCAUGCUAGUUGCACUUUGCCAUUGCCCUGUUUCUUUUAUUACUGCUUAUCUUGGUGCAAGGAAAAAUCUUGGAGAGAGCUCUGUAGAGGCACACCCCUGUUUUAACUUGGACUACAGGUAUAGGCCAGGAAGAGUCCUGCAGCCAUUACUGCCACUGAGGGGAGAGGUAUGCCCACUGUGUGUUGGUAUGAAAUAAGGCCAGCCCUAGAUAUGAGGGGGCCCUUGGCAGACCCACCUUCUGGUGAGCCCCCCCCCCAAACUGGAGACCCCUUAUAAGGUCACCCACCGGUAGUGGUGCCGGCAGAACUUCUGAUCAGUGGUGUGUUGUCCCCAGCUGGGGAGCUGAGAUCUGCCACAAGGGGUCCCAGCAGCUAUCCAAGGAUGCUGUGGUGGAUGCUAAGACUGUCCUCUUCUAAAUGUGUGCUCCCUCACCUGUUGUCAAUUAUUGUUCACCGUUAUCAUACCCACCUCUGGCAAUAGAGAGUGGAUCCAGAGAAAGUAUAGCUGUCCAGCCCAAACUUGAGAAGUGAAGCUACCACUAGGAUAGAAGCGGGCUGCCCCCACCAGUUACAUUAUAUAUAUAUAUAUAUAUAUAUAUACCCUGCCUGGGCUAUACCGGUAAUUAUUUUGAGAGGUUAUUUGUGCUCUUCACAUACCUUCAUGAUUUCAUAAAUCUCUUUUCCCCCCUAACUCAUCUUUUUGUUUCCUUUGUGGGGAAGAUGCUCCAACCCUCUGGUUUUAGCUGCCUGUUUUAACCUAUUUUCAACAACUUCCCUUGUUAGAAGAGAGUUGCAUAUUGUAUUCUACAUAUGGGUGUGCCAUAGAUAUCAAGAAUGCUGUAGCGCUAAUUGCUGGUUUGUUUUUAAUCCUUUUCCUAACAUGGAAUUUACCUUUCUUCUUUUUAACUACCAUGAUAUCCUUGCACUUUCUAUUUUGACUCCCAAUAUUACAUUCUUGUGUCAUUUGCUACCCCUUUAACCAGUUUUAGCGUUUCAGUAGGGAACUGCAAGUUCCCCUCAUAUCCAGCAGUGAUAAAAACAGGCUUUUCUCAAUCCACAACUUGAAGGAAAUGCCCUAUUAGCUUAGAGCAAGAAUUCAGAAACUGUGACCCCUCUGAUGUUAUGGGACAGCCCACAGCCAAUCCAAGACUUGGAAGGUAACAGUUUGCUCUAUACAUUUUUCUUUGGGUCUGUGUGGUGCAGAUGCUUCAAACGCCAUCCAGCAGCACCCACUGCAGAGUCCAGAUAUUUUGAACGUAAGUGGCAUUAUCAUUCUAGGGUGGAAUGGUGGGCAAGGCUGCAUAUAUCUGCUCUAGGCCUUGCACAGAUUGACUUCUACUGAACUUUUGUACAGAAUUCAUCUUGUUUUAUAUCAUUGAAGUCUCAAUCUGUGGGUUACAGAAAGGAAUUAAAGGUAUCUAAAGUUUGAAUGUGAAAUCUGUAGGAUAGUAAAAAACCAAGGAGGCAUCACAUUUAUCGUGAAGCUUCAGGAGCCAACAGGUGCCACUCAUUUUGUAUGGCCAGAGGGGGCUCAAGCUUCCCCAUGAGAAACCCUCCUCAGCUUCCUAAACAACUCCUGCUGACACCUCCAGCCAUCCUGGGCAUAGCCAGAAGCCCUCUUUGCUUGCACCCCAUUAAGCUGAGGCACCUGGCCUGUCGUUCUUUUUCUCUACCCAUCCAUCUACGACUUAUGCAAACCCAUGAACUCAACUCACUUUAGCAAAGUACUCCGCUUGACUUCUCCAGAGUUACAUCUCCUUGGCCCAAUGAGAGCAGUUGGGCAAGCUAGCUCAAGCUUACUCCCCCUUCAGCCUUCAAACCAGAAUAGCAUGGAGAGCAGGAUAAAAUCUAGGACAAGAUUAAGGCCCACGAUUCCUGUGCCAUGAAGCCAGUUGGGCAAAUUAGCCUCUAUGCCUCACUUAAGUAAACUGCACUCUGUUCAUCUAGGCCAUCUUUGUCUUCUCUAUAAUUGGCUGUCUAUAAGCCAACAUGAGGGGCAUUUAUGCAUAAGCUAGUUCAGGACAGCACUACCUCUAGGGCAACAUUUAAACUCCAAAUCUGCUGCUCUAAAUGCCACUCUGAGCUUAAUCCUCUGAAGCAGUGGCAGAUAUGCCCUGCUCCCCCUUUGUUGGGGGAGUGAAAGACACUCCCUUCUUUGCCAGGAACUCUCUCAGGCUGCCUCCAAACUCCUCAAGCGUGGUUCUUUUGCAGAGUCCGUGAAAGGACAGAUAUAUCGCCUGAACUAGCAACCAGCAGAGCUCAGAAGCGGAGAAUCGCCCAUCUUCCCCAAACUGCAUGACCAAGGGGUGUGCUCCAACACUGGGGUCUCCCAGUUUGUAGGGAGUGAAUUUUUGCAUUGGGCUCCCUCUGCCAGCUAAGGCUGCCAUACAGGGACUCCUUAUACCAGCAGCUCCUUGCUUGGCACAGGCCUCCACAAGGCAGCCCUGUGCCCUAGAUUGGGUCUCCCCACUUCUGUGGGCAGUGGUGGCCUUCAAAGGGUUGGAACAACACCUGUAGGGCCACCUAGUACCAACUGGUGGGCCCAGACGCCAAUUAUUUUCACUCAGUCAUUCCAUUGAAGGUAUGAGCACCAAUAUGCCACGCCCAGCAAAGGUAGUGAGAAAGACUUGUGCUGGAACAGGAAGUGGAUGCAAAAAGGGAAAGGGAUGCCCAGUGGCGUAAUGGGAAAUGGCAGCCUGCUUUCCAGAGCUGCAGGCUGGUUCCCUGGUCAGGCCACACUGCCUCCUUGAAGCUGACCCUCCCUGCUCUCCCAUCCUCAUUCCCAGCUCCCUCCAGGUUUAGCAGUAAAGCUGUGCCUUUCGAAUGGCAGCAUGAAGGCCUGAGCCCAGGAACCCAGGGCCUGCUGGGAAGGUUUGCGAUUCAUUCUCUCCCUUGGCCCCUCAAUGUCCCCCUCCUACAGGUUGGUGCUGAUCCAUUUCAAUCUCCACACUGUUGCUUUUUGCCCACUUUGCCUCUUCCCCCCCCCCACCCUUCUCCUUUCCAUUUCUCUUGUCUUUCAGUCCCCUUCCCUUCCUUUCAACAUGCCAAACCAAUUUUGGGUCGAGUGCAUUAAACAGAAAAAAAAUAUAAUAAUGAAAAUUUUAAAAAUAUUUAAAAAAAUGGAAACUUGUUGAGUUACAAAAAAAAUAAAACAAUAAAGAAAAUACAAUUUCUUGGAACUGUUGGUAGUUGCGAAUAUUUCUUUGUGGCCCAAGAUGUACAGGAGCAUAAAGCGAAAACACAGCCAUGGAAAAGGCCUGAUGUGAAAAAUCCUGAGCACUUUGAAGACUGUCCAUGGAGCUAGCUUCUCUGUAACCAGCCACUGCAUUUUCCUUUACUUAUUUACUU